AUGAAGCGGCGCAAGAAGGAGGAGGUGCUGUCGCUGCCGCCCAAGAUUUUCCACGACGUCUGGCUGCCAAUGUCUCCACUCCAGGUGCAGUGGUACCGCCGGAUCCUCUCUCUCAAGAACACGCAAAUGUCCAGAGAUAUUCGGAGCCUCAAGAAGCUCAUCCUUCGACUUCGAAACGUUUGCAUCCACCCACGUCUGGCGGUGGCGUCCAAGGAAGAUGAGGAGUUCAUGCUGUCUAUGGGCGUCUGCUCCCAAGAGGAGAUUGAGCAGCUCAAAGACGGCCCACUAGUGAGUGAAGAGAUCAUUGGCCAGAGCUACAAGCUGGCAUUCGUGGAUGCACUUCUCACGCACCUCCAUGCACAGAACAUGGGCCUCAACGACAACUGGCGCAAGACCUUUGAGGCAGAGGGUCCCGAGCUUUGCCUUGACCUGGGAGCACGCAGGCAGGAGGGCCAAGAAGAGUUUGCAUCACCGGUCGCAAAAGCCAGCUUCCUCGACGGAAUGGAGCACGUUGACUGGGACACUCCACAGCCGCACAAGGUGCUGAUCUUCUGUCAGCACCAGAAUUGCAUGGACCUCCUGGAGGCCGCUGGGUGGCUCGGACGGGACUUUCUGUGGGCGGAGUUAUCGGAGCGGCACCUGGCUCUGCUGUCUUCUGCAGAUGCAUUGGCUCGCAAUUUCUUUUCAGAUUUCAGUGAGUACUGCAAGUUCAGGGGCUACCGCUACAUGCGCAUGGAUGGAUCAACGAACCGCGUGCUGCGGGAGUUGGACAUGCGCGACUUCAAUGCUGUAGAUGAGGACGUCUUCAUCUACUUGAUCAGCACGCGAGCCGGCGGUUUGGGGGUAAACCUGGCCUCGGCGAACCACGUCGUCCUCUUUGAGCAGGACUGGAAUCCGCACGUGGACCACCAGGCGAUUGAUCGCGCACACCGCAUCGGUCAGUCGAGACAGGUCCACAUCCAUCGCCCAAUUCAGGCUGGGCUCUGUGCCAUCUGCGCCUUCUGCCAGAGUCUGUGGAACCGGCUUGAGGGUUUGCUGCAGCGGUUUGCUGAGAGGGUUCACAGCGUGCCGCUUGCUGCGGGAGCUUUGAACCGUGGCUUUGCAAAGAAAAGCCCUCCUCUGCAGCUUGGACCCUUGGACCCGGAGCUUUCGCAGGAGUGGGCAGUGGAGGAGCGCUUAUUGAUCCGCUCGAACGCGAAGCUCGAGAUGGCCACUGGGCAGGGAAGGGCCUGCUUCUUGCUGUAG